AUAAAUACUGGCGUCUCCGGCGCCGCCUUCCCACACUCUCUGGCUGAACUCUCGGCUGCGGUGCUUCCGUCUCUCUUUCUGUCUCUCUUCCCCGGUUUGUCGCCUGCUCCGCUCUCCUCAUCCUUCUCGCUCUGCUGCUCUGCGGUGUGACGAGGCUGAAUCCUCUCUCCCCGCCCCACGCAGUUCGCGCCUUUCCUCUUUUUUUCUUUCCCCCUCUCGCGCCGCUCCCUUUUCUCCCGUUCGGCUGCCGCCGCCGCUGCUGCUCAGCUGGUGUCGGUGCCGCGCGUUUCCCCCCACGUCGUCCCCGCAGCCUAUGGCCCAGGCCGCCUUGGGUAUUUCUGCUCAAGGUAACCACAUCCCUCUUUAAAAAUUCCGCCGAAAAAGAGAAGACGCUUUACCCGACUCUUUGGGCCGUUAUCUCACGGCGAACUUUCUGACCGGGUAUACAACUACCCAGAAGGCCUAGGAGAAGUGCUGUAUAGAGAGCAGUUCGACUUCAACGCUGAGCCACCUUGGGAACCUAGCUGAUGAUAGGGGGGUUCCAUCUCCUAACUUGUCCAUGGAGGUCUUCACUUCAGAAACCCAAGACUCAUAUUCAUCCAGCCUGGUGUCAAGUGGGCUGUUGCUGCCAGAAUUAUCUUGUGAUUAUAUGAAAGAUGUAUCAGUUUCUUCUGAAGUGCAAUCAACCAUAGAAGCCUUUGUAGCAGUUUGUUGCAUAUUCUAAGGACCCGACAUAGGCUUCGUGGCCAGUCUCUUGUUUUUCCUGGUUUAUGACUUUCGGCUUUGUGGAAUACGGCUGAGAUGAAAGGAUUUAUUGACGAUGCAAACUACUCCGUUGGCCUGUUGGAUGAAGGAACAAACCUUGGAGAUGUUAUUGAUAACUAUGUUUAUGAACAUACCCUGACAGGAAAAAAUGCUUUUUUUGUGGGGGAUCUUGGGAAGAUCGUGAAGAAGCACAGUCAGUGGCAGAAUGUGGUGGCUCAGAUAAAGCCAUUUUACACAGUGAAGUGCAACUCCGCUCCAGCUGUACUUGAGAUCUUGGCAGCUCUUGGAACUGGAUUUGCUUGUUCCAGCAAAAAUGAAAUGGCUCUAGUGCAAGAAUUGGGUGUAUCUCCGGAAAACAUCAUUUACACAAGUCCUUGUAAGCAAGUGUCUCAGAUAAAGUAUGCAGCAAAAGUUGGAAUAAAUAUCAUGACAUGUGACAAUGAAAUUGAAUUAAAGAAAAUUGCAAGGAAUCAUCCAAAUGCCAAGGUCUUACUACAUAUUGCAACAGAGGAUGAUAUUGGAGGUGAAGAUAGUAACAUGAAGUUUGGCACUACACUGAAGAAUUGUAGGCAUCUUUUGGAAUGUGCCAAGGAACUUGAUGUCCAAAUAAUUGGGGUUAAAUUCCAUGUUUCAAGUGCUUGCAAAGAAUAUCAAGUAUAUGUACAUGCUCUCUCUGAUGCUCGGUGUGUGUUUGACAUGGCUGGAGAAUUUGGCUUUACAAUGAACAUGCUAGACAUUGGUGGAGGCUUCACAGGAACUGAAAUUCAGCUGGAAGAGGUUAAUCAUGUUAUCAGUCCUCUGCUGGAUGUUUACUUCCCGGAAGGAUCUGGCAUUCAGAUAAUUUCAGAGCCUGGAAGCUACUAUGUGUCUUCUGCGUUUACACUUGCAGUUAAUAUUAUUGCUAAGAAAGUUGUUGAAAAUGAUAAACUUUCCUCUGGAGUCGAAAAAAAUGGGAGUAAUGAGCCAGCCUUCGUGUAUUACAUGAAUGAUGGUGUUUAUGGUUCUUUUGCAAGUAAACUUUCUGAGGACUUAAAUACCAUUCCAGAGGUUCACAAGAAACACAAGGAAGAUGAGCCUCUGUUUACAAGCAGCCUUUGGGGUCCGUCCUGUGAUGAGCUCGAUCAGAUUGUAGAGAGCUGUCUUCUUCCUGAGCUGAAUGUGGGAGACUGGCUUAUCUUUGAUAACAUGGGAGCAGAUUCUUUCCACGAACCAUCUGCUUUCAAUGAUUUUCAAAGGCCAGCUAUUUAUUAUAUGAUGUCAUUCAGUGAUUGGUAUGAGAUGCAAGAUGCUGGAAUUACUUCAGAUGCAAUGAUGAAAAACUUCUUCUUUGCACCCUCUUGCAUUCAGCUGAGCCAAGAAGACAGCUUUUCUACUGAAGCUUAAACAGGCAUUAACGCUUCUUUAGAUCUGAAGUCGCAGGUUAAGCUUGUCUGGUCUACAUUCCAGUGUGGGGAAAAUUCAAUCAAUCUUCAUUCUGUUAAUUAUCUUGAAAACAAAUUCAUAGUAAUAGCUAUUUGGGACCAGACAAAAUCAGCUUUCAUCUAUAAUUCAUUGGGGUAAGAGGGAUUUAGAUAAUGUAUCCAGAUUUAAACAUACCAGUUUGACCCACCCCUUAAGCGUUUAAAAUAAAAUAUGCAACAAAAUGGAUGACUUAGUGGAGAUGGAAGCCCAUUGUGGGUUCCCCAUCAAAUCGUUUACAUACAAGUACACAGUUUUAUAAUAAGGAUUCCUGUUAAAAAGUCUUGUAAAGUUGAUGUCUUUCACCCAGAUAUAUCACAUGUGAGUGGAAGACCAGUGUGACUUCAUUAGAUACGUUUAGUGUAUUUAGAAUGUGUAAAUUUGUGCUUUGAACUGUAGUUUAAUAAAUGUAAAAUUGCAUCAUAGUGUUUGUUGUAUUUGACCUAAUGUAACCCUUGUAUGAUUGCAAUAAAACUUUGUGUAGAUUUUACUGUUUUUCAGGCUAAAACUUUGGGAAAGGGGCUAGCUACAAAGGUAGUUUUGAAGUAGUCGUGUGUGUGGUCUGCUUUAAGGGUUGGUUUUCUUUAUAGCCCAUUUAAGUUUGGUUUAGCUCAAUACACUUUUAGUUAUUUAAUUAGUAAUUUAAGUAAAGUGUUUGAUAAAUCAUUGUGGAGCUGAGAUUAUGGAGAGUUGAUGUGCAGCAAGCAUGAUGUUUAACAAUUUAACACCAAAAAAUGUUAGUCCUGCAUAAACCAAUUGUCAUGAUAGUUGUUUCUGUACAGAUAGGAUGCUUAGUGUACUUUAGUAAACCUUGAAGUUACAGAUCUUUCAGCUGAUAGAGAAGAUUUUAUUAAACACUGAAAACUUGGUGGGGAGGGGAAUGAGACUGCAGAGGACUGCAGGACCCUAACCUUACAGAAGGGCUAUGUCUUAUUUCCAGAAUCCUGAGGCCCUUUCGCACAGACAUUUAAAUGCAGAGGGCUUUGGGGUGGUGAAGCACACUUUCUUCAAUUUCUCACUUGUAAUGGAGGGGUUAUUGUUUUGGGGUUAUUUUUGUUGUUGUUGUUGUUAUUGGUUUGAACCUAACCCUUUAGUUUGUUAUUUCCCAUUUGUUCAGCUUAGUAAUUCUUUUCGUACUAAAGCUUGUUGGUGGUGGGGAGGGAGUUAGCAUCACUAACCUGACACUGUUCACUGCUGGUGUGUUAGUCCUAGGUCUCAGAAUCACAGUAGCAAUGAGACAACUUACAAGGGUCCCUUUUACCUCACUCUGUGCUCACAAGUGGAAUUCCUGUCCCCAAGAGGAAAUGUGACUUCACUUUGGUGCCAAGGACAGAAAAUUCCACCUGUGCUACAUAGGGGUGGUUUGGGAUGCCCUUACAUAGCUGGUUUUCACACCUUGAUUUCAAGGUGGAAAGAAAUUGAUCAUGAAUCUCUAAUUUCAAUCUCAAACCAGUAGGUGCUUAAUUAAUGUUUUUGAUUUGACAAUUGCCCACUUGAAUAUCAUGGGUUCUAUUAAUUAUACAAAGAACUGAGAACCCCAGUCCAUUGUCAUCCAUAUCCUUGGACUUUUUCCAAGGAGUAAUAAGGGGUUUAUUCAGAAUUCCAAGCUACCAUGUAACUUUGAACUAACAAGGAGGGGAAAUUGUUUCUUACCUCAUUUGUAUUAUGCAUUGUUGUGGUCCAGAAAUGCCAAAACUUGGAAAGGAUGGUGCAGCUUGAGUCCUUGGCUUGACUGUAUAGGCUUGAGCUUUGUGGCCUAUCAGUUUGCCAUCUGCAUAGGAGAGCGGUUGUAUGUAAAACAGCCCAAAGUUGCAAAUCUCACAUGUGAGUGAUAGGUAAGCUUAAGAGUGUUUGUAUUGUAUUUGAAGACUGUUUGCCAUAAAUCUAAAGUUAACCUAUGUAUUUCAAUUUGGAAUGCUUACAAAUAAUUAAUGUAAAAUCUUUUUUAUAUGAUAUUGUAAUCAGUUCAAAAUUUAAUUGAAAAUAUAAAACCCAAAUGAUUUCUAUAUAUAGUAAAUUGAACUGUAAAGGUGACUUGUGUGUGAUUCUGAAUACACAGAUAAAAUGUUUUUAUUCCUCAUGCUUUACUUUGAUGGCUUCUAUCAUGAAAUAGACGUGAAAUUUUAUGAAUUAAUUUUGUGUACAUUGCCCACGUUCUUUCAGAAUCUAUUAAAAGUAAAGUGAUCUUGGAAUUGCCUAGCACAA